AUGGAGGACGCGGACCCCACUGGUGGGCUGGCUGCUUUCGCCCUCAUCUACUUCACCUUCUUUCUGGACAACGUUCUGCUGACUGUGUUGGUGCCGAUCAUCCCGGACUGGGUGCGCGGCGCGGACGCGCUGGCGCUGUGGAGCGAGCAAGACGCGCCGCUCGCCGCGCUGCUCAACUCCACCGUGCACCAGAUCACGCACCAGACACACACAGGCGGCGUGGGCCGCGCGCAGGCCACGGUGGGCGCAGUGCUGGGCGCCAAGGCGGCGGCGCAGCUGGUGGCUGCCGCGCCCGCCGCCGGCGCCGUGUGCCGCGCGGGGCCCGCGCGGGUGCUGCGCGGCGCCAACCUGCUGCUGGCCGCCGCCGCCCUCGCGUUCUGGCUGUGCUCGCGGAGCGGCGGCGGCGUGGCGGCGCUGGCGGUGGGCGGCGCCCGGGCGCUGCAGGGCUGCGGGGCGGCGCUGGCCGCUGUGGCCGGCCUCACGCUGGCCGCUGGCCUGCACCACCGCGCGCUGCCCGCGCUGCUGGGGGCCGUCGCGCUCGGCGUGCUGGUGGGCUAUCCAUUCGGCGGCCUGGCCAGCGCCAUGUGGCGACCCGGGACCCCCUUCCUGGUGCUGGCGGUCGCUUUUGUCACUAACUUCAGUAUGUACCCUCCGGCAGAGAGCGGCGCGGCGCGCGUGGGCGUGAUGGCGCUGGUCCGCGAGGCGCGGCGCGGCCCCGCGGGCGCGGCCGCCGGCUGCGUGCUGCUCACCACCAGCGUCAUGGCGGCGCUCGAGCCCUGCCUGCCGCUGUGGCUCAGCGAGACCGUACACGCGCCGCGCUGGCAGGUGGGGCUGGCGUUCCUGCCAGACAGCGCUGGCUACCUGCUGGCGGCCAGCUUCCUCGGGAGCUGCGCGCGCACACACGGACACGAGCCCGUCGCCAUCAUCGGACAGGUGGUGGUAGGGCUGUCGGCGAUGAGCCUGGGCGUGGCGCGGUCGGCGUGGGCGCUGGUGCCGCCGCAGUUCCUACUGGGCGCGGGGCUGGGCGCGGCCGACGCGGCCCUCGUGCCCGCGCUGCUGGCGCAUGCGCCGCAUCGCCGGGCCGCCGCGCGGUCCGCGCUGCUGCAGGCGGCCAGCAGCGCCGCGUACGCGCUGGGCCCGGCGGCGGGCGGCGCGCUGGCGUGGGCGUGGGGCGUGCCGGCCGCCAUGGCGGCCCUCGGGGGCGCCAACCUGCUGUACGCCGGCUGGCUGUACCGCCGGCACCCGCUGCAGAGACAGUUGGAUGAUGAUGACGAGGACAGCGACGACGCGGCGGAGCUCGCGCCGAUGCAGUACACGCCUCUACGCUGA